UCUUUUGUGGAUGACAUUUUGGGGCUACUGAGUUAUGGUCUCAUUAUACAAUGGUUUUAACAUACAACGGUCAUCCUAAAACCAAUUUAAAGAAAAUUAGCAAAAUUGCUUUAUAUCCUUUUUUAGAUGCAUUUUAUACAAUUGUAUUCAUUUCCUUUUAUUAUUUAACACACAUUAUAACCUCAUUGCUUGGCAUUAGUGUGUCUGACAAGGUAAAGUCUAUGGUAAAUGCAGAAAUUAAGUAGGCUACAGAUGAGCUCCACAGGGCAAUCCUGUGGUCUGACACAAGUGGCACAGAGAAGCCUGGGAAACGCCAUAUCCAGUGAGAGGGCAAAGCAAUGGGACAAGGCAAUAGAACACUAUAAGAAGCUGCUCAGAAUUCUAAACACAAUUAAAAUCUCUGAAAAGGGGGAAAUGGAUCCAUCAUUUAAGCAACUGCUUUAUGAAACAUAUUAUCACUUGGGUAUUGCGUUUCAAAAUGUGAAUCGUCACGAGGAAGCUGUGCUGCAGUACACUAAAGCAUUACAAGCAUCAUCUAUCCAUAAGAAGAACUGUGCUGUUGGCUGUACAAUAGGAACCUGUCUGCACACUCCGGUACUGACCCGACGUGCGUUUGCCUUGGCAAAAUGUGGUGAAACAAGGAAAGUCUUGAAAGACGCUGAUGCUGCUGUUUUCUUAGAUAGGUUGAAUCCAGAUGUUUAUUGCAUCCGAGCUCUUGUGUGGUGCACAAUGCAGAAAGAAAAGGAAGCUAUUAAAGAUUUAGAUUACGGGCUGCGCAUCAACCCUUCUCAUGCCUGUUCACUGAUACUAAGAGGCAACAUUAAAAAAUACAUGAGCCCAGAAAAUAACUCAUCUCCUCUACUGAAUGAUGAUCAUGAAAAGGCCCUUCAAAUCAAUUACUCCUCAAUCCGAUUUUUAGGCAUUAAGGACUUCAAUCACCCUGAAAUAUCUGCAUUCUAUGAUUCUUUGCUUUGGUCGCUAAAUGUUCCUCAUACAGUUAUCUCUGUACGUCUGCCUUCUGCUUGCUGGACGGCACAAAGUGUUUCAUUCCAUUUACAAAGAACAUAUUCAGCACCUGUACCGAGAGAUCAAAGUGCAUUCUCUUUUGAUGAUGACCAGCAUAAAGCUUCAUUUUGUAGUGGUGCUACGACUGAAAAUUCGAGAAAGUUUGGACUGGAAAGACGGCUGAAUUAUGGCAGAGCUGUCACUGCAUACAUAGCAGGACUUAAAGGAAACAGGAUACCAGCUAUGAAAAACAUAGAUCAAUUCUGUGAAGGGUCUACUGUAUGUUUAAGCACACAAAGAUCCUCUAUUCAGAAGAGGUAUGGUUAUCAGAAAAUGUUGGAAACAACAGGUUUUUCUGUGUAUGAAAUAAGCCAUCCAGGAACAAUGGCAAGAAUGUACAACAAGCCGUGGAAUGGAGACAAACUUCCAAAUAAUUUACAAAGAAAAUAAAUGUAAGUGAAGAUAUUCAGAAUUGAUCAUUAAAUGAAUGCAAGAAACUGCACCCACACGUCAACAUGUGAACAAGGUCUUUCAAAACAGAAGCUUCUGACUUAUCUAGAAAAUGAACUAAGGGGAACCAUUGAAGCCACAGAAUCAUCUAAACUAUUAGCUGGACAAUUUAAGAAAGAAAACAGAAUCCCCUGCCUAAAGAAUUCUUCAAUAAAUAAGAACCUGAAAGGGAAACUUGUUUUAAUGCUAUUUUUUUUUUCUUUUAAAACUGAAAAUAGAUUAAAAAGUGAAUUUAUGUAAUGAAACAAACUAUAUUUUGAAAGUAAAAGAACAGCUAUAAUGUUUUCUUAAAUAUAACGGUUUACCUACAGAAAAGUCCUUUACCUAGCCGAUG